UUAGGCGCAACAGCUGGCUCUCUUUACAUACUUUUUCGCAGCGGAGACAGACACAUCUCCCGAAGCAACAAAAAAAAAAGUCGGACGAAUGAACAGCAGCAACAAAUCUGAUCUCGCCUCUCUUUAACACGGGACUUGUAUAUGAUUUGCUUCAAAAUACGUUAAGCAAACGACCAGAGAAGAAAUCUACACAUCUGGAAAAUGUUCUGGGACAUAACUUUUUCCGAAUUUGGGAAAACUAGCUACAGAUCUUGAACGAUUUCCCAGAAAGGUGCAAAAAUUCUUAAUCAGUCCUGAUGUUUGCUAUGGAAGGCAUGCCUGUUAUGGACUGCCUGAAGGACUUCAAUCACUGAAGUUGAAGAGGGAGAGAGAAGUGGAUUUAUCCCUUUUUUUCCUCUGGAGGCACAAGUACCUAGUGGACCACAUAGACCAAAGUGAUCAACAUGUCUAUUUGGGUGAUCAUACCCAUCAGCCUACCUGUCUUCACCAUCACUGGAAUAUGGGUUGUAUAUGCCAUGGCCCUCUACAACCAGCAUGUCUGCCCCGUGGAUAACUGGCUGUAUAAUCAGUCGUGUGAGGAGAAGCUGUCUCUACAGAGGGGUCCUGAGCUGUGCUGUACCCUGGACAAUGUCCCACUCAUCAGUAAGUGUGGCACCCUUCCCCCUGAGAGUUGCUUCUUCAGCCUCAUCUGCAGUACCGGAUCCUUCAUGGUGAUUUUGAUAGGGCUGCUGCGGUAUGCCCACGUCAUAGAGAAGCACCAGAACUGUGUCCUUAACACGGCCGGCCUCUCCACUUGCUGGAUCUGUGCUGCAGGACUCAUUAUGGUGGGCAACUUCCAGGUGGAUUAUGCCAAAGUGCUUCACUACGUGGGUGCAGGGGUGGCUUUUCCCACCAGUAUACUGUUUGUGUGUCUGCAGUCAGCCCUGACCUACCGGUUGGCGAAGACCCAGAGAGAAUAUAUCGUGGGCCACCUUCGAAUGGGGAUGAGCUUGCUAGCCUUCAUCACCCUGGUCUUCAGCGGUGUCUUCUUUGUCCAGGAGAGCUUUGCCCUGCAACACGCCUCCGCCAUCUUUGAGUGGCUCUUCUGCAUCAUCAUCAUGCUCUUCUUUGGGACCUUUGCCUUUGAAUUUGGGGACAUGUCCGGGGACACCCUUAUGGUGCUGGCCAGAGGGGGUGUCCAGGGAUUUUCCAGCAGUGACCACAAGGCUGAGGAGGCAGGAGGGCCCAACCACCACUACCAACCAGAUGGCAUAGCAAUGCUGUAGGCCUAUCAAAGGGAGGCUUCUGUGCCCACUGACCAAUCACAAACAGGGUUGGAGUGGGAAGAGUGGAUGCCUGACCAAUCAUAGACCACCAAAGGGCAUGAGGACGACAGACCCUCUAAAUGGACCUGCUCGGUAUUGCACAUAGCUAAAGCACCCAAAGCUUUUCUAACCAUUGACCAAAGACUAAUAUCGUGUUAUUGCCAUAUUUGCACUGCGUUGCAGUAGACAGUACAGGGUGGAUUGCAAAACAUAUGUUACAAGUGCCUUUUGGAAGGAACACAGGCAGGCGCGCACACACACAUACACCUUCCCUGUCCUUUCCUUUCAUCAUUACGUAAUCACUCUUGAUUACGAGAACUUGUUCGCUUGCCGCGAAUCAGAUCCAAUGUCUUGAGUGAGUGCCUGAAAAAUCUUUAAUGACUAAGCCGAAUAUGGCUGGGUCAGUACCUGUGUUGUUAUGUUUGGCCAUUCAGACACUGAACUCUGCAUCGCAUUGUUUCUACUCAGGAAAAUCUGUUACAUCACCAGCUGUUGUUCAGUGCCUUUUGACAGGACCUUAAAGGGAAGUUAAAGUCAAACAAAAGAGCUAUUGUUGUUUUCUGUGCUCAGAGAUAUUUGUUUUAUAUCAGAGGUUUGAUUGUUGUAUUGUGUGAAAUAAAAGCAAAUGGGGUAAAGGGAGGUUCUGUUCAGGUGCAGUGGCCCUUGUUGUUUCGUUUUGUGAGGGACUAUGCGAAAGGUGUCUGAAAACCUUUUUGGUGUUGUGUGUUACGCAUUGAAACCAGUAGAGGGCCCCCUGAUCAAUGGUUUUGUUGCAGUGUCAUCUAAUGCAGAGAAAGUGUUACAGUGGGAAAGAAAGCAAACCAGAGAAAUGAAUCACUUUGAAAGUGUAUCCUUGUACCAAAUUGAUGACAAGAAUAAGAAAUGUUAAUACAAACAUGUUAUUUUAUGUAUGCUGUUCAAUUUUUCAGGUAUUAAUGCAAAUAUGGACACAUCCGUCUAUUUAUCGUCUAGAACCUGUUUUUGUCAUUCAUAAUUUUCCAAAGUGCUUUUGUAUCUUAAAAAGAAAGAUUCGCACAUUUUGAAUGUUAUAUUGUUCUUUUUGUUUAUCUCUGAGCUGUGUUCUAUUGAUUCAAUGUCUCAUGCCAAUCUGAUCAAUUGCUAUUCAAGCAGGCAGAGAUACGAAAUGUAUCACACCGGCUAUGACAAUUAGCGUUUUGAAAGUUCCAUAUCUUGAAAACUUGAUUUCUGACAUGCAAGACAAUUUGGGACUGUAUCAACAGUGGACUAAUGAAACAAAUACCAAAGGAUAGUUUGAGUGGAUUAUUACUUUAAGGUGAACAUUAUCGAUGCACCAGCAAAGAAUAAAACUCUUUUCUGAGAAUGAACUCUUA